ACGGACCGCCCGACACGGACCCGGACCGACCGACCGGCACGGAACGGAGCGGAGCGGCCGGGCCGCCCUGCGGAGGUGGGAAGGCAGCAGUAGCUCACUAUGGCCCUGGCAGACAACACGGGCUGUGCCAAACCCAGCGAGGAAUUCCCCUUCCCUGAAAUCAUUGAACUCAAUGUGGGUGGACAAGUCUACAUCACCCGCCACCCCACCCUGGUCAGCGUGCCUGGCUCGCUCCUCUGGGAGAUGUUCACCCAGAAGAACAUCCGCUCCCUGGCCCGCGACAGCAAGGGACGGUUCUUCGUGGAUCGGGACGGCUUCCUCUUCCGCUACAUCUUGGAUUACAUGAGGGACCAGCAGCUGGUGUUGCCCGACCACUUCCCAGAGAGGAGCCGCCUGCAGCGAGAGGCUGAGUACUUCAUGCUGCCGGAGCUUGUGAAGAUGCUGGCCCCCAAGCUCAGCAAGCAGAACUCGCUGGGAGACGACCCAUGCCAAAGCGACCCAGAGGAGCUCUCCCCCAACGCGGAUGCCACCCGCAACCUGACCUCCGCCAGUGCCACGCUCCCCAGCGCCGUGGCCGGUGGCCCCGGGGGGACCGGCACCACCGGCACCGGUGCUGCCAGCACUGAAGUCCGCAGGGCAGGUUUCAUCACCAUCGGCUACCGGGGCUCCUACACCCUGGGCAGGGACAGCCAGACGGAUGCCAAGUUCCGCAGGGUGGCUCGGAUCAUGGUCUGCGGCAAGACGUCGCUGGCCAAGGAGGUCUUUGGGGAUACCUUGAACGAGAGCAGGGACCCAGACAGACCCCCGGAGAGGUACACCUCCAGGUACUACCUCAAAUUCACCUUCUUGGAGCAAGCCUUUGAUAAACUGGCCGAUGCUGGCUUCCACAUGGUGGCUUGCAACUCCACAGGCACCUGUGCCUUCGCCCAUGACCAGACAGAUGACAGGAUCUGGACCUCUUACACCGAAUAUGUUUUCUAUCGUGAGUGACACCAAAAAACCCCACCCCACAAACCGAACACCAACUCUCCCUUUCUUCUCCUGUGCUGGCUGUUGCCUAGAAGGUAGACAUCCAACCCUCGAAUCCCAGUGUCCCCCCUCUGCCUCCUUUUGAGUUUGUUCUUGGGUUUUUUUUCCUCCUCCUUCCUCCGUGUUGAACCUGUUCAGCUCUUCCUCGUAGCAGCUGCUGACCACCAACCUUCUUCCCUCUCUCCGAUUUCUGCAGUAGCCGCCUGUAGCUCCCAACCCUCCCUGGAUGUGUGGACUUGGACACUGUCGUGUACGUGUUUUGGGUGGGAGGGGGGGAAACACUGGACCAUGUUCUGGGCUGGGAUUCCUACAGCUGGAUGAGCUCGUCCGUGUUGGACGCUGAACUCCACUCUCAUGCCCUGUAUGCCGUGCAGCUCCCUGGGAACAUGCUGCCUACACUGUAUUUGAUCUGCCAAGGGGUUUGAGUGAGAAAGUGUUGGUUUAAGGACA